UGAGGGCGGGCGAUGCGCGGGGCUCCGCGCGGCUCCGCGGCCGGCGGGCAGCACCAUGAACCUGGGUGAUGGACUGAAGCUCGAAACUGAAGUGCUGGAUGGAAAGCCUAGGCUAAUUUUAGCUGCUUCUGAUAAAUCAAAGCCUGCCAUGAAGAUGGGUAAUAAAGCCAGAGCACCUAAACAUGCAUUGAGAAUAAAGCACACAGGGCUCAUCUUGAGGCCAACACAAAAUGCUUGUAUCAAGCAGGAAAAUUUUACAAAACCAAGGAGUGAAUCAAGCUUAUCAAUGACAAAAGGUGAAAAACUGCAAAUUAAUAAACACUCCUCACAUGAAGCCACAGCUAAAGGUCACUCUUUGAUUUUCCAAAGAGAUAAGACAAACAGAUAUCCYGAUUCAGAGGAUCCUAAUAUUGUGAAAAAAAACAAACAGAAACCUCAAACCCCACAUGUAUCAGCUGAAGACUUCAAAAGUUUGGUGUGUUUAACACAAGAACAGCUUCAACAGAUUCUGAUGAUUGUUAAAGAAGGAAGAAGCAUCUCUGAGACUCAUAAUGAARAGCAAGAGGAAAUGGCUACUAAUGAGGCAUCAGAGGAAAAYGUUACAGUAUCACUCCAGAAAGAUUGUGAAGUGUCCCCAGUUCCAGAUGAAGCAAACUCUGAUUCAAACAGGAAACAAGAAGCGCAUCCACAGCUGGGAGAGAAAGUUAUAAAGGCUUCGUGGAAGCCUGCUGACAUGUUUAGUACCUUGGGUGAAAGAGAAGGGGAGAAAGCCUUACUGGAAUUUAAAAAGACCCAAUGGAAGAAAGAAUUAGAUGAACAGGUAGCACUGAAGAAGAAACUGAAAGAAACUUUGGAGGGAGAGGUUGGUCAUUUCUGGGCAAAACUUGGCAAUAACAAAACCCGUAAAGUGGAAACGCCUGACCCAGACCAGUCAGUGUUUGCAGCUGAUGCAGUUAAURGCACUGAGGAGAACUGUGCCUGUGCAGCUGCUUUAGCCACAGAGGCUGAUGGAGUUGCACUGAAUGUUCCAAGAGCUCCAGCUGAGCAGUCUUCAGAUUUCAGUUCUUCUGACUUCCCAGCUGGCAGUUGCACAGCAUUGGUUUUCAGGGAAGCUGUGCCACAGGAACGACCUUUUACUGCUUUGAAACAUGAGCAACAGAAGAAGUGGCUUGAAGAGUUGGACAAGCAGAAGGAAGAAGCUAGACUACGAAAAAUAGAAGAAAAACUAAAUUUCUCAAAGGCAGAAGAGCAUGACAGAUGGGCAAUGCAUUUUGAUUCUUUUAAGAGCCACCUUAAUGCUAAUGCACAACACCCUUUCAAUGGAAUGCACAGAAAGCAGCCUGAAAGUCUCUACCUGUCACCUGACCCCAAGGAUCUGACUGCUUCUGUUCACCCUUUGUCACCUGCAGCUUUAGGCAACCYCAUGCCCUUACAGAUGGGAACUGCAGAAAAAGUUGCUAAAAAUGGUGCUUUGGAACAGAGUCAAAGAGUCCGUUUUCUCCGUUCCAUGACAGCUCUGCUGGACCCUGCACAGAUUGAGGAGAGGGACAGGAGGCGGCAGAAGCAGUUGGAACAUCAGAAAGCAAUCAUGGCUCAGGUGGAAGAGAAACGAAAGAAGAAACAAUUGGAGGAAGAGCAGAGAAAAYGGGAGGAGCAACAGGAAGAGCUGCGCCUGGCACGAGAAAAAGCACAACUGCAGAAACAGUUUGAAGAAGAAAUGCUGAAACAAAAACAAAAGGAGGAACUUGCAACUCUUAAAGCCAAAGAGCUUUAUCAGACAAUGGAGAAAGCUCAGGAAUUAGCCAAGAGAUCAAAACAAGAACAGCACAUUCCAGACUUGGCUCAGAAGGCCCAUGACAUUUCCAAACUUCAGAACAAUCUUGGUGGUGGUGAUACACAGUUUGAAAAUGGUAAUUCUGGCAUUUCAGCACAAAGUAAUCAUUUCCAYGAUGGUGCUAAGAGCCCCCCUGAGCUGCAGACCUCUCCUCGGAAGGACACAGCGGUGCAGACAGAUUACUUUGCAUACCCUGAGUCAGCUGUGGAAAGAACUGUGUGUUGUGAAUCACCUGAUAUUUCCAUAGAAUACAAAGAAACAUCUAACAGCAAAAAAUACCAGAAGGAAAUGCAGUAUAUGGAUAAAAAYAAACUUYCAGGAAAAGAGACUGCGGCCAUUUACACUGAUCUGUAUGAGCAAUAUGCAAGAAAAGAAAGACAAAUUAAAUCUUYAGAAAAAUACAGCAAAAGACCUGACUGGAACAUAAACAAGCCUGGGAAGAGAUACAUUCCAGCCUCGGAGAGGUACCCUAAACCACUACAAAAGCAAAGAGAAGARAACAAAGUGCGCCGACAAAUGGAGCUGCUGCAGCUGGUGGAAAGGAACAGCCCCGGGCAGCUCAGUGCAAGAAGGGGGGGACACUCAGCCAGGUCUCUGUCACCUCGGGAAGAAACUGCUGUGAAGAAUAAGGGCCACAGGGGCAGAAAGGAAGAACAAUUUCAUAAGAACCACUUGAAUGAAGAAAGAUCUGAAUCGCCACCCGUUCCAGCAGUUAGGAACAGACUACUACAAGUCCAACAAAGACAGAUCCAGGCUUCUAAUUUCCUGGUGCAUAACCCCCUCAGUAGAAGAGAGAAAACCACCAAGGCAGCUGCCCAGCAGAGGAGCUCCCCUGCUCCCGUGGUGGAGGCUGCGAGGCCGCCCUCGGCGCAGUUCGUUCCCUACGUUCGGACACACGAGGUUUAUUACCUUGAUCCAGAGGCACCACUGAGCAGACCUUCAACACAUGAGCCCCAGCAUCGACCCUGCAAUGAUUCUUACCAAAUGACACGACAGAUUUUUAGCUCAGAUCACGUUAGAGAUCAUCUACUAAAUCCUGAUGUAGUUACAAUCAGAGAGAGACAACAAGAAAUUCUCAAAGGAUUGUCAAAACUACGACAGGGCCUCCUGCAGAAGCAGAAGGAGUUGGAGAACACUCUGAUUCCCAUUGUAGCUCAAGAGACCUUCAUUCCACCCUUUUAAGAGGUACAUGUGAAUGUUCUGAAUUCUUAAAAUGGAAAUGCACAGCACUUUGCUACUCUCAUUAAUUAUGAACCCUCUCUAGCUUUUUUAUGAAAAUUAAAUUAUGAGAAUUUUGAUAAGACUACAGGGUCAUGUUACUUUUUAUACUGAAGAUWCAUUAAACUAAUGAUGGUUUGUCUGUUUUGAAUUGUUUUCAUGCUACCUGAAGAYCUGUCAAUUUAAUAUAAACCACCAAAAACAUGGAAGAAAACUGUUACAUGGAUUUUAUAGAACUCAGUGUAUAAAUUUUCAUAAAUAAAAAGAUGUAUUCUGAAUGGCUUGUUUUUAACUACAUAAACUGCUUGUAUUUAAAAUUKCAGCCCCCUUUUAGGCUUACACAGUGAAUAUUAAACUCAAGGACUCUGAGAUUUUAAGACCACARUUCAUCACACAAUCUGGUACAAUUCAUGGAUACAAGGGAGGUAUUUUUUGGGAGGGAAAAGAUUAUUUUCCAUGUUUGGGGGGAAGGAUAACAAAUGCUACACUAGUCUGGUACUAGUUCUUCAUUUGAAUAAAUCAAUCCACUGUUCAYAGAGGGAAAGAACCAACUUUAGGCAAGUCUGUUUUGUUUUUUAAAAGCUGCCCCUUUUAACUAAUAAUUUUUUCCCAACUAAUUCUAUGAAUUUAGAGUUCCAUAGUUUCAAAUGAUUGCCCAGAACCAAACAGCACAUCCCACAGAAAUGCACUAAAAUCAAAUUACAAAYAGGAAAACCCCAAACACAAGACUCUGACACCCUGAAGUUGAGCACUACAAGUUGUCUGUAGCAAAACCAGCAGUGAAACAACAAGGUUUGCCUGGACACCCCACAACUGCUCACUGGAGCUGCUGCUUUCCUGAAGAUUGAGGCAGAGGAUGGUGAAAUGUAAGAGAAUCGCUGGGGAGGAAAGAUCGAUAACUCACUGGAGUGAAAUUAAAAAGACAAGAUUAAAGAACAGAUAAAACUGUACUUACUCAAGUGCUAAAAWCAAAACCAAAAAAAGCCUGAAAGCCCUAGGAAUCAUUAAGUUGAAGUGGGAGAGGAUUGAGGUUUUUCUAAUGCAAAUUGAACUCCCACAGUCAUUAAACCCAGGUUUGUCCUUCUCUCAUGAGAGUAAUUACCAAGGCCAGAUAAAAGCUGURAGGACAC